AUGGCUCCUAAGGUCGCAAUCGUCUUUUACUCCAUGUAUGGCCACAUCAAGGCUCUCGCCGAGGCUGAGAAGGCCGGUCUUGCAAAGGCUGGCAUUGAAGCCGACAUCUACCAAGUUGCUGAGACUCUCCCUCAGGAAGUCCUUACAAAGAUGCACGCUCCUGCCAAGUCUGAUUACCCCGUAAUCGACGCCGCAACGCUCCAAACCUACGACGCCUUCCUCCUCGGCAUCCCAACUCGUUACGGUAACUUCCCAGCCCAAUGGAAGGCAUUCUGGGAUACCACUGGAGGCCAAUGGGGAUCUGGUGGCUACUGGGGCAAGUUCGCUGGUGUGUUCAUCUCCACCGGAACUCCAGGUGGUGGACAAGAAAGCACAGCUAUCGCUGCGAUGUCCACCCUUGCUCACCAUGGCAUCGUCUACGUCCCCCUCGGUUACGCACACACCUUCCCACAACUUACCAACCUUAAUGAAGUCCACGGCGGCUCCCCAUGGGGCGCUGGAACCUUCGCAGGUGGCGAUGGAUCCCGUCAACCCUCGGCCCUCGAGCUUGAAAUUGCCACCAUUCAGGGCGAGCAAUUCGGCAAGAAGGUCUUGUCCGUCAACUUCGCUUGA